AUGAGUGAAGACGGUGAGUUGAUCCCGGAGAACUUGAGGCGACCGGCGAGCAGCUCGACUGCCUCAUCCCCGCUACAACGAACAAUCGCCGACUACAAUACGAUUAAAGAAAUAGGCGAGGGAUCAUUCAGCACCGUCUACCAUGCACGCGAGAUGUUCGAGACAAGACGAGACGUUGCGAUCAAAAUGUGCCUGAAGCAACAAAUUCUACGCCAAAAACGAAUUGAUGCGAUUAUGCGAGAGAAAAACAUCUUGGCUCGUUUGUCGACGAAGGAAAAUAUCCACCCGUUCAUCGUUGGCCUCUAUUGCACGAUUCAGGACACCGAUCAUCUCUAUUUUGUCUUGACGUAUGCUUCAGAAGGUGAUCUGGCUACGAUUCUGAAGAAGUUGCCGAACAGACGUUUUGAUGAGGCACAGGCACGCUUUUAUACGGCUGAACUUGUGGAAGCUUUAGAUCAUAUACACUCUCUUGGAGUCAUUCAUCGUGAUGUUAAACCGGAUAAUAUUUUGAUACAAGCAUCAGGUCACAUUCUUCUUUCGGACUUUGGAUCAGCGAAGGAACUUUCUGCCAUAAAAGAGGCGCCAGCAGAAAAUCCGCCCGAUGAUCGACCGAAAAGACGAGCAUCUUUUGUCGGCACAGCUCAAUUUGUGACACCAGAGAUGUUGAAAGGACAACCUGUAGACGAAACAUGCGAUUAUUGGGCUGUAGGCGUUAGUUUGUUUCAAUUCUUGACAGGUCAUCAUUGUUUUCACGAUGAAAGCGAGUAUCUAAUUUUUCAACGAAUACAGAAACUACUCUACAAGUUUCCAGAAGAUUUUCCGGAAAAUGCUCGUAAUUUAGUCGUAGAUUUACUUGUGUUAGAGCCAAACGGACGACUUGGAAGCAGUGAAAGAGGUGGAAUUGCUGAUCUGAAGUCUCAUCCAUUUUUCGAAGCGCUCGAUUGGAAGAACUUGACAUCAAGCGAACCACCAAAAAAAAGUGGAGAAAUUGAUGAACCUCUUUCAGAAAUGCGGGUCAAAGUUAACAAUCCGCUGAUGGCGGUUGGGCUUGCUCAGUUCGCAUUGAGUCUACUACAGGUGGUGUUCAUGUUCUUCUACGUAAAAGUGUACCUCAAUGUUUUUCACGUCUCGCAAUGGUGGUUCAGUCUUGCGCAGAUGGUGUUCAUGUUUUGGAAUGCGAUCAACGAUCCGUUAUUUGGAUAUCUACAGGACAGUCAUCCAGGAUGGUUGGGAUCUCGGACUCAAGUCAUCACUCGAUUUACCCCCUUUCUUUGUGGCGCUUUUUUGUUUUUAUGGUUUCCUUGGGAUACAACCGGUUCAUGGCUCGAGGGUGUUCAUCUUAUUGCCGCUUUGUGCUUGUAUGAUGCAUUCUUUAGUGCGAUGGGUGUGGCCUGGUCGGCACUGUUUGCGGAAACAACUCCCAAUAAAGAAGCUCGCGCUGCAGCCAUGAAAUACUCACAAUUUGCCAUUUUAUUCUCAGUGAAUGGAAUCGCGAUCAUGGAGAAAGUUAGUCACAGUCUAGAGAAUUUUGGCAAUUUCCAAAUCGUGGCAGGAUUUAUGGCGGUAUUGGCAUUCUUUUGCCUUCUGAGCGCUGGUACUUAUCGACCAACGUUACCCGUUCAUCGAGAAGAAGACUCGGAUCGAGAAGGCUUGUUGGUAGGUUCUUCUAUGGCUGCAGAGCGUCCAGAAAACGAAAACGAUGGUGGAUCAUGGGAACACGCGUGGAAGCUAACUAAGCAGACCUUAUAUGAGAAAGAUUUUGUCGUUAUCACAGCUACCAAUUUUCUUCACAUCAUGAGAAGCAUUGCUCAUUUAAAUUUCGCUUCAAUAUCCACAGAGCUACUGAUUCCGCAAGAAAUUUUGCCAAAAGGAAGCCUGCGUUUGAGCAUUUUCUAUGGCCUUUGUACGCUUGGACCUCAAGCGUUUAUCAUUGGUCUGGAGAGAGUCGUAGUUGCAUUGGGGGCUGGACGCCUAUUGCUUUUGAGUUACCUUUGCUCAAUCGCUUCUGCUUUGGUGUUUGCUUUCUUCAAAGACUAUCCAUAUGGUGUGAUGUUGUUCAUGUUGGUCGACGCGAUAACUGUGCACUCGGCUCAACCGCUUUUCAACAUUCUAUUUUCUGACUACAUUGAUGGAGACAAAGCAAGAUACAGUCGAAAGAGCCCUAUAUCUUCUUUCGUCUUUGCUUUAAACGCAUUUUUCACAAAGCCAGCUCAAUCCGUGGCUCCUAUCCUUAUUGUUUUUGUUCUUAAUCAUUAUGGCUAUCAGGGUUUCCUUCUCAGUCAUGUGCCGACUAGUAAACUACAAAAUGCUGUUCAAUAUGUGCUCUAUGGAACUCCAUUAAUUUUGGGCACUUUGCAGUAUUGUCUCUUUUCUAAUUACUCAUUAAUAUCUCGCCCACCAAAGAGUUAUAUGCUAUCAACUCUUCAUGCGGUGAACGAAUUAAAAGCAUGGGUGCCUUGUUCGCUUCUUUCAUUUUCAAUGGUUCCUUUCGCUACUUGUGCAUUGGGCAUCGGUGCGCUUUCGUGGGUUACGCCAAAAUCAGUCUUUGUGAAAAUGGAUAAUACCCUCUACCAAGCGUAUAUGCGAUUGUGUCUUUUUGUAUUUGAAAAUAUUGCAGGUAUGAAGGUUUCACUAUCUGGAGACGUCAAGGAAUUGAAAGAAAACAAGGAACGUGCUGUGAUCAUCUCUAAUCAUCAAACAGAUGUUGACUGGGCAAUAAUUACACUGAUAGCGGCUCGGCACAAUGAGGCAAUGGGCGGAAAUGAGAAAAGUUUUCGCGUGAUGGUCAAGAACGCUAUUCACUACGUACCACUGUUUGGUUGGUACAUUUUUCAGCAUGGAUACAUUUAUGUUCGACGAUUUGGAGAAUUUAUUACCUCUCCGGUGUUGCGCCAAUUAGUUUGGUUGGAUUCUUUGCCCGAUCCAUAUUGGUUGUUGAUUUUCCCGGAAGGAACUAGAUUCACUCGUACAAAGCCCAAGUUGAUAGCUGAAAGUCAAGAAUUUUGCCGUCAGAAGGGUUAUCCCGUCUUGAGAAACGUGCUAACGCCAAGAAGUGGAGGACUACAGCUGGCACUGGAUAACUUGCGCACUUUGGAAGGAGUCUACGAUAUCACAAUAGCAUAUGGACAAACAAGGCUACCAAAUCGAGCUGGACUUGCUCCUGGAAUGUUCGAAUACGUUUGCGGCGAUAAAGAACGACAUUUACAUUUGCAUAUACGAAGGUUUCCAAUCGCUCAAAUUCCGCGUGAUCGUGAUGCACUCAGACAAUGGCUUUUUGAAAGAUAUCAAGAAAAAGACAGGUUGAUGGAUCAAUUUUAUGAAGUUGGCCAUUUCCCUGAUGUUUUGAUCGAAGACGAAUUGCCAAUCUCACUUAAUCGAACUCUACCACCAACAUUAUUCUUUGUUGGCGCUUUGGUGCUACCAUUUUUCUCAAAAAAGGUUCGAACUGCAUACCUGUGCACGAUCGCCUCGUUUCCUUUACUCAUCGGAUGGCUCAAAAUACGAAAAUGUGUA